AUGGUCGCUCUCAAGACUUUCGUUUUCGGCGCGAUUGCCCUGGCCGAAGUGGUUGCCGGCAAACGCCUGUUCUACAACUCAGGCGUCCUCAAGGGUUGGGACUUUGUGCGCGCCGAACACUUGGGCAACAUCACCGAGGACAAGGAGUUCUCGUACAGGUCGGGCAAAUCGCUCAAGGUGACGCAGAAGUACGAUAUCCACUUCCACAACCACUACUACACCUCGGUGGAGCGCAACGACGGUCACUCCCGCAACGACGAGCGGUACUACGGCCUCUUGUUCCGCCUCGCCGACAACUGGGAACCCGUCAACCAGUCCAUGACCAUUGCCUACUUCGAGUCCCACCGCGCAGGCCGCAAAAACUGCGGCCAGCACCAAUUGGUCGGCAACUCCAUUUGGAUCAAGGACCGCACGCUGAAGGCGCGCGUCAUCGGCGGCCACUUCGCAGGCAAGAAUUGCAAGCUCAAGGAGACCGAGCUGCCCGACCUCGGCGAAGUCACUCCCGGCAAGUGGCACAAGCUCAUCUUUCACGCCAAGUGGCGGAGCGAUAACUCCGGCCAAUUCAGUGCCUGGUUGGACGGCAAAAAGACGGUGGACAAGAAAAAGGUGCACACCACAGUGGCAGGUCCAUGGCAUUUCCAGUUUCGAGUUGGUCUCUGGCCGCACUCGUGGCACGACGAGGGCCGCAUGGAGGGCACGCAGACGAUCCGUGAGGCUUGGUUUGACGAAAUCUCCAUUGGCCAGCAGUUCAAAGACGUCGAUCCGGACAUGUGGUAG